AAAAUAAUCCCCCCUGCACCUUGAACUUUCGUCUUUAUUAUUUCUCUUUCCCCAGAAAAAAAUAGAAAAAAACACCGAAAGGAGAGACAAAACCAAAAACAAAAACUAAAACCAAAACCUUCAGAAUCUAAUGGGUAAGAAGAAGUGUGAUCUAUGCGAAGGUGUUGCAAGAAUGUAUUGCGAGUCAGAUCAAGCGAGUCUUUGCUGGGACUGCGACGCUCAAGUUCACGGCGCUAACUUCCUCGUCGCUAAGCACACGCGCUGUCUUCUCUGCACCGCUUGCCAGUCCUUAACGCCGUGGAAAGCCGCGGGGCUACGUCUCGGCCCUACCUUCUCCGUCUGCGAGUCAUGCGUUGCUCUUAAAUCCGGUGUUAGGAUUGUGUCGGAUGAUAGGAGUCAGGAGAUGGAUGGCUCCGAGCACGAAGUGGAUAGCGCCGAGUCGUACGAUGAUGAUGAGGACGAAGAUGAAGAAGAUGAUGACGUGGACGAGGAGGAAGCGGAGAUUCAAGUGGUGCCGUGGUCUGCGGCGGCUGCGGCGCAACUACCUCCUAUGAUGAGUUCAUCGUCUUCUAACGGUGGAGGAGAUCUGGUGGGGAAGAGGAGGAGGGACUGCUCCGAUGAGGAGAUCGGAAGCUCUUCAGGUCAGGAGUUAAGCUAUUCUCCACCGUUGAAGCGACCGUCGAGAGAAAAACACGCCUUCAAAUCAACGGCUGCGGUUAACUCUCUUAACAUAUUAGAAGGAGAGGGCACAACAUUGAAUGAUCGCGCCGUUGAUUCAUCUCCCUCAUCUUCGUCUUCUCUGAUCGUCUCCAGAACGAGGAGAGAUGUUAACCGUUGAUUCUCCAAUUUCCGCUUUGAUAAAAUCCUCACCGUCCAUUUCUGAAAUUCUAACAAUACCUGUUUUAGUCAUGAGGUAGUAGUUAAUUGAUGUUGUGCAACAUUGUAUUUGAUCUUAUUAAUAUCAUUAUUAUGUUGUUGUUUUUUUUCAAUCUUAGUGACUUAUUUGGAUUCGGAUCAUCGUAUGUAUUGAAAUGCUUGAAAUUUCGGAUUUUGAUUACAAGUUUAUGGAAUUGAAC